UCAUUCUGUGUUUACGCACAGCGGCGGGUAUCCCAGGGAGGAAAAUAAAGGAGGACACCAUGGAAACACAAGACAUGUAGAAAAAAAAAGAAAACCAGACCGGAUGUUAAUUAGAAACACAAUGAAAACUGUGUUAGAUUAGUUAUUUGGGAUCUUUUACACUUUUGCUUGCAUCUAUCUGGGUCCGUCCUUCAUUUUCCCCCCCAUCACCGGUCCAUCCAUCGGGUGCUUCUUUUUACUUGGAGCCUCGCUAUGAGGAGGAUGGACACCCGGGUGUUGGUUUGGCUCUGCGCCGUCGCUGCGCUGUCGGAGAACCGGAGUCCUGCGGCUACAGCGGGGAGAAGCUGCGCUGACAGCCGGCAGGUGUACUCAGAGAAGGGCUACAGCACCAGCACCGCUCCUGUCACUCAGAUCUCCGGUGAGCACCUACGACUUUGUCCUCAGGAUUAUACCUGCUGCUCUACUCAGAUGGAGGAGACGCUGUCCCUGCAGAGCGAGAGGGACUUUCUGAAAGCCAUCGAAGACAUCAGCCAGUUCCUCUUGACCACCUUUACUCAGAGACACCGUCGGUUUGAUGAGUUCUUCAGAGAGCUUAUAGACCUUUCUGAGAAGUCUAUGAACCAGAUGUUUACCAAGACCUAUGGCCGGCUCUUCACCCAGAACACACACAUCUUCCAGGAGCUGUUCCUGGAGCUUCGGAGAUAUUAUUCCGGGGGUAGCGUGAGUCUGACAGAGGUCUUCUCAGACUUCUGGUCCGGAGUGGUGGAGCGAGUCUUCUCACUGGUCAACCCCCAGUAUCAGUUCAGCGACGAUUACCUGGAAUGUGUCAGCAAACACGCUGAGCAGCUGCAGCCCUUUGGAGACGUGCCUCGCAAACUUCGAGUGCAGGUGUCCAGAGCUUUCAUAGCUGCCAGAACUUUAUCUCAGGGCCUGGCUUUUGGACGGGAUUUUGUGAAUACUGCCACAAAGUUGACAGCAGAUUCAGAGUGUGUGCGGGGCCUCAUGCGUCAGUGGUACUGCCCCCUGUGCAGAGGAUUGCCUUUUCUGCGGCCUUGCCACUCACUGUGCCUCAACGUGAUGAAGGGCUGCUUGGCCAAUCAGGCUGAGCUGGAGGCAGAGUGGAACAAUUUCAUAGAUGCUCUCUAUCUGGUCUCUGAGAAGCUGGAGGGGCCGUUUAACUUUGAGCUUGCAGCUGAUUCUAUUUCUGUAAAAGUGUCGGAGGCCAUCAUGCACAUGCAGGAGAACAGUGUGAGCAUCUCCAGCAAGGUGUUCCAAGGUUGUGGAAAUCCCCGACCAGCUCCAGCACGGAACAAGCGUUCACCCAAUGAGUCAGGGGGCAACAGGAAGCCCUUCCGCACCUACACCCCCGAGGAGAAACCAACCACAGCUGCAGGCACCAACUUGGACCGGCUGGUUACUGAGCUGAAGGAGCGACUGAGGCCCAUGCGAGGCUUCUGGGUGUCUCUCCCACACACCAUCUGCAACGAUGAGAGGAUGGCGGCCGACGUCACUAAUGAGGACCGCUGCUGGAACGGGCAGACCCGGGGGAGGUACCUCCCGGAUGUUACCGGCGACGGGCUCACCAGCCAAAUAAACAACCCAGAGGUGGAAGUGGACAUUUCCCGUCCAGAUGUGAAGACCAAACAGCUGAUCAUGGAUCUGAGGGUCAUGACCAACAAACUGAAGCAUGCUGAACGCGGACAGGACAUGAACUUCAUAGACAGUGAGGAUGGCAGUGGCUCAGGGGGUGGAGAUCAGGGUGAGAGGUACAGUGAUGAUUGGCCGGGUUAUGGCCCAUACUCUCCUCCAUACAGCAAACCUCCACAUAACCCCGUCUCCAACCCGGCCAAGCCUCCACGAGGCCGCGAGAAAAACGGGUCCAAGUGGAGCAGAAACAAUGGCCACGGCCGCGUGCGAUCCUCUGCCAAGCUGCACACCUCCGGCCUUCUUCCCUUGUUGUCCUCUCAGUUUGUGAUCUAUGUCGCCCUCUUGUGGAGAUAGCUGGCUGUUACAAUCUGGUGGUUUUAUAGAGAGGUGUUUGCUAUGCUGCCGUUUUAAGCACAUUCUGAAGAAUUACUAAAGCCAUUCCAUUUGGGUACACCAGUAAAAAAAAAAGAACAAAACCAGGCUAAAUUAGCAAUAAUUUAAACCGCACAAAAUAAAUAAAAAAGGAAAUAUUUCCCCCCAAUCAACAAAGGUAAACUUUCCCCAAUUUUGAGGCAAAGAGAAAAAAGUUAAACUAUGUUUCAAGUGCCAUUUGUGAGAUUUUGACCUGUUGGAGUUUGAUGCUGAAUUGUGUAUUUUUUACUGAAAGUCAAAAUAUUUUUUUUAUUGUUUCAUGUCAAGUGAAUUAGCACCUUUUUUUUUUGCGUGUUUGAGACAGUGGAUAGUCACGUCUGUGAUGUAGAGAUUAGGGAUGUCAUUAAUUAACUGUGUUUUGGCAAAAAGAUGAGUCAAACUAAGGACAUCUAUCUGCUGCUUUUCUUCCUUAGUUUGACAUUGAGCUUACUAAUUUUUUUGGUGUGUCUGACAGAUGGCUUUAAUGAACUUGUUCAACUAGAUAGUACAAAUAAACACAAACACAUCACCUUGAAAA